CAAUCCGAUUGGAAGUGCGGAGCGCCGAGAAAAAAUCACAUUUAAUUACUUUGCGGGAAUCCAACUCGACGGAAUCUGUGAAUUCUCGAAUACAAAAUGGCCGAAGAGUACGAUAAAGAGCAACUGAGAAUUCUCCGUAAUGCAUUCAAGGCUUUUGACCACGACGGAGCCGGCUUCAUCGAGCAUGCCGAUGUGGCAAGCAUUCUUGAAAUUCUUGGUCAAAAGCUGGAGCCACCAGCUGUGAAGGCCCUCAUCAAGGAGGUCGAUAAGGGUUCAACCGGCAAACUGGACUUUAGCCAGUUCUGCAAGCUGGCGGCCCGAUUCAUUGAGGUCGAGGAGGAUGCGGGUGCCCUGCAAAACGAGCUGAAGGAGGCUUUCCGUGUCUAUGAUAAGGAGGGCAAGGGUUAUCUGACAGUUGCCACGCUACGUGGUAUUCUCCAUGAACUAGACGAUAAAAUUUCGAAUCAGGAUUUGGACUCGAUCAUUGAGGAAAUCGAUGCCGAUGGCUCGGGCACGGUUGAUUUUGAUGAAUUUAUGCAAGUUAUGACAGGUUAAUAAUCUGAUAAUGCGUAGACAUCAGAGGCUGGAUCAGAAUCGGACUACCCUUCAGGCUCUUUGUAUAUACAUAAAUGUAUGGGGAAAUUUGCAGAUGCAAACUUCCAUCAUAUAUCAAAAAUGACGUUAUAAUAUUUAUUAUAUUAAACAAAAUUGUAUACAAAAUAAAUUUAUAAUAAUAACUUACAAAUAAAUCAUGCUUAUAUUAAACAGUUAAUAUAUCUUAGA